AUUGUUUCUUUACUAGUUAUAAAUAUAUCUGUAGUGUGUUUUUUUUUUCUAUGCUGUUUUAAAGAAAUUGUAUGCGGUUUGAUAAUGAGCAUAUGCAUUGUAGUUCGUAUCAUUUGAACAGAUCUUCUUUAAGCUUUGUGGAAGCUCAUAGCAAAUGAAAGUCAUUUUCAAGAGAACCUACCUUUAUUCAUUGACUGAAUAACUGAUUAGCACGUCUGUCACGUCUUUCCUAACUCCGGUUUUGUGAUUCUGAGGACUUUCAUUAACUGAGAGGUUAGAGGUAUGUUCUACCCAUUUCACCAAUUUCAUGAUUUUCCCUCUCUGGGAUUUCUGUCUUUGUCUACAAAGAUUGAUUAGCUAUAGGGAUCAGGAGGUAGAGAAAGUUGAAAAGCUGUAGUUCAUUUGUGCUUCUUUUUGGUUAAAAUGUUGUAUUCUUUUACUUUUUCUCUAUUUUCUCAACAACCAUGGGGGAGGAGCUACAAGCGAUUGCUUUAUCAAUGAUCUAUGCAGUUGAGAUUAGAUUUGUGAAAAUUUGGAGUCUGGAGGUAAUAUAUGAUUUUAUUGCAGUGAACUAAGCAGUUGCGACUCGAAUAGGUAAUGGAAGUUCCAAAGGGAUUCUUGAGCUACCUCUGUUACUUCAUCUUCUUCCUUCCCGUUUUUGUGUUUCUUUUUGUUCUUGGAAUCAUCAAAGGUGCCAUCUUCAGUCCCUUUGUAUUUCUGGUUAUUGCUUUUGGAGAUACUGGCGUUGUCAUUGGGUUAUGGCCCCUUCAUCUUGUUUGGACUAUCUAUUGUAUCAUGAGAACAAAGAAGUUUGGCCCAUUCAUGAAAUGCCUUCUGAUUUUGAUUGUACCAAUACCAAUAGCACUAUGGACAGUGGUUGGAGUUGUUGGAAGUGCGAUUAUGGGUAUAGGAUAUGGCUACGUUUGGCCUGUCCUGAAGACAUCUAGGGCUAUCAGCAUGGAAGGUGUUCCACUUCAUAUGAAGUUAUUUAGAUGCUUCACGGAUGGAACUUGGAGCAAUGUUUGGGGUGCGUGCACCAUUGUGGGCGAUUUUGCAGAUUUUUCCUUCCACUCAUACUUCUCUGUCAUGGACGGGCUGCUUGAAUCAAAGGGGGAGGAGCACAUUGAGCUUAAGGUUACUCAGAUUCCUGGUUGCAUUUUGGCUGCAAUUCUUGGGAUUUUGGUUGAUGUCCCCUUUAUCACUUUAAUAGUUCUAUACAAAACACCUAUAUUGCUAUUCAAAGGUUGGCACCGGCUAAUACAAGAUCUUGUUGGGAGAGAGGGCCCAUUCUUAGAAACUGUUUGUGUUCCUUUUGCUGGGAUUUGGAUCUUGUUGUGGCCAAUUGUGGUUCUUCUGGCAACUUUGGUAGGUACAUUAUCCAGUUUGGGCUUCGGUUGUUAUGCGGCAGUUGUUGCAUAUCAGGAAAAUUCGACUAAGAGAGGACUGCUCUAUGUAAUUGCUUCUUUGUCUAUAUUUGAUGAGUACACCAACGAUUUGCUUUACCUGCAAGAAGGUUCCUGCUUCCCCAGACCUAGAUAUCGUGAGCAGAUUAGUUCAAGUUCUUCACUGCUUCCUGUGAAGGGACUGCAUGAACAAGUUGAAGCUAUUCGUACCAAUGAACCAUUGAUAAGGACUCCUAGCAUAAAGAAUACACUGAAGGCUGCAGUGAUAUGGGAUAGUUUCUUUCAAGCAUGUGAGGAUAUUGGGAAGGACCUUCUUAGAGAUGGUGCCAUUGGACUUGAGGAUCUUGAUGCAUGGAGACGCUCAAAGAACAAGAUAGUUAACAUUGGAAUUCCUGCAUAUGCAUUUCUUGACUGCUUUCUCCGUUCUAUCAAGAGUGGCUCCAUUGGUUUUCUCAUGUGUGACAAUAUAGAGAUAACCAGUGUUAAUAGACCAGAAGGAAGGGCAUUGGACUGGCUCUAUGAGCCAAUGUGUAUCAUAAAAGACCAAAUCAGGAGUCUAAAUUUACAAGAAACCGAGGAGUUGUAUUUUUACAAACACUGUCUGUAUGGCGGUGGUGUGGCGAGAAUUGAAUCAUGGCAGAAUGGAGGCAUUCCCCCUCAUGAUGAAAUCAAAAGAGCUCAGCUUGAGGGUAUAAGUAGAAGGUUACAAGGGUUUUGUUUGACAUUGUCAAGGCUGCCAACAUCAAGGCGUCAGUUCUUUGAAGUUGUGAAAGCUAUUGAGCACGAAGGAAAGAACUCUAUUGGCAUUGAGAGUGAAUAUGAGACUGGAGCAGCUCCAUAGGUGCUCUCUCUAUCUUUCACAUGUUAGACAUGACAGGAAUGGACUUUGUCUCUUUGCAUUGCUGACAGUCUUGAUAUGAUAUUCUAAUCAUCAUAGGCUGCCAUGGAAUAGCUAUUAUG